GCUAUGGAACUUAGUCGUCCUGUAUCUCGUACACUUGCUCCUAAAUGGGAUUUAGCUUGUGUGCUUGGUUCCCUUAUUAAGGCUCCCUAUGAACCUCUUGAUCAGGCUUCAUUACAAUUCCUAACAUGGAAGACCGUUUUCCUUCUUACUAUGGCUUCAGCCAAACGGAGAAGUGAAAUUCAUGCUCUUUCUAUCGAGGAUAGUCAUCUUCGUUUUGACUCUUCUGAUGGUUCUGUUACAUUGUUGUGUCAGUCAGGAUUCCUUGCUAAAAAUCAACUCCCCUCUAUGGCUUCCAAACCCUUCAAAGUUCCAAGUCUAUCUAGAACUUGUGGACAUGAAGAUGAUGAUAGACUCCUUUGCCCGGUCAGGGCUUUGAAGUUCUACCUUAAAAAGGUAAAGUCUAUUCGAGGUUCUCGCAAGAGACUUUUCAUUCCAUUAAAAGGGGGGGGGCGAUGUGUCUGCGGCUUCUAUUUCUCGUUGGAUAGCCUCGACUAUAAGGAAAGCUUAUUCUUCUCUUUCAUCGAGGGAUUUAUCCCUGUUUAAGAUAAGACCGCAUGAAUUAAGAGCUCUUUCGGCUUCGUGGGCUUAUAUUAAUCAGACCCCACUAUCUGAAGUGCUUCAAGCUGCUUUCUGGAGGAAUCCGACCACCUUCUCCUCUUUUUAUCUUCGUUCUCUUGAGUGCCAACAAGACAAUUUGUAUAAGUUGGGUCCUCUUGUAGUGGCUCAAACUGUAGUUUCUUCUAUGGCGUAAGUACACUGGUGCCAUCCGAGAAUUAAGUACUAUACUGUACUAACAAAGAUUAUAAGAGGACUUGAUUCUACUAUCUCUGGCUGUAAACCCUCUAUAUGGGUUUUGCUGUGAUGGGAAAAAAUAUGCGAACCUUCCCGCCGCAGCUGCAAAAUCAGCUAGAGAUAACAGUUUUCCUAGGUGGUUCAUGCAACCCUACAAAAUGGCGAGCAGAGAUCGCCAUACCCUUCUUCAAAGAGAAUGGAAUCACUUUCUACAAUCCAGUACAGAACUGGAAGCCGGAACUCAUGGAGUUGGAGGCUCAGGCAAAACAGAUGGCAGACAUUAUGUUCUUUGUGAUAGACUCUAAAACCAGGGCCAUAUCUUCCAUGAUUGAGGUUGCCUAUCUUGUAGCCACCCAGCGUCAGGUGGUGGUGACCAUGUGUGAGUACAAGUCCUCCAACAUCUGUGUGGACAGUGAGACCCUCACGGACAGUUAUAGACUUUUGCGCCGAUGUGAUAGCAUACCACCCCAAUGUGAGAUGUUGGACCUGGUAAAGGGUCGGCUGAUUCUCACCGAUCUUGUUGAGAGGAAUGGAGUCCCCAUAUUCACUGACGUUCGAAAGGCCCUGGCAUGUACUAAGACAAUUGUUAAACAGGGUUGCCAUGUUAGUGAGCUGACCUUGAAGGACGGGGCACACCCGGUCAAGCAUGGGCAUCUCAAGCUGGGAAGGGCACUAUUGGAACUUCGAGAGGCGUUCAACUCUGUGGACAGUGAAGACCUGGGAUGGCUGUCAUCUGAAGACGUGUGUUUUGCGUACAAGACCUGUACCGGUGAGGAAAUGGAUUCAAAAUGGCUGAAAACACACAGAAAAAAUCAGGAUGACUUUGAUUAUGAAGAAUUUUGUUCAAUAGUAACUGAAUAUAGGGCAGAGAUGAGUUCACCUACCAUAUUGCAGAGGAUUUUGACUGUGAUCCUACAUCCUAUACAAUGGAUAACAUCUAAGUUCAGUGAGCCGUUUGCUACUGAGGAGUAUACAUUUGAUGAUGAAUAUCAUGAUGUCUACCUUGGGGGAAGUGAUGGGGACUUGCUGUGGAGAGCAGAGGUCGCUGUACCAUUAUUCAGGAAAUUUGGCCUAUCUUUUGUGGACCCAUCAUCACAUGACUGGGACCAGAAGCUCAUACCCAUCCAUGUGUCAUUGCGGGAAAAGUGUCGUCUGCUGUUCUAUGUGAUCAGUACUGACAAGAGAUCCCUCGGCUCGAUGUGUGAGGCAGGGUACUAUAUUGGCAAAGGGUGCAGAAUGGUUCUGUGUGUGCAGAAACUGGAGGACAACGCUGUUAUAAGCGAUGAACAGCUUUCACCCUGCGCUAUCAAGGACUAUAAUCGAGGUCGUCAAUACCUCUGUGACCUGGCCAGUCGGGAAGGCAUACCACUCUUUGACGACAUCCAGGAAGCAGCCAACUGUGUGGUUAACAUUCUAUGUGAUGUGCAAUCAGCUACCGUUCAUGCCCAUGGCAUUCCAAGGCAUGGGUCACAGGCGUGGCUUCACUCAGGACCUUUACAUCCACAUGUUUCCCACCAGAGCUCUAUGACUUAGCGGGGGUCUAGGUUUCCCAGGACACAAAGGGACUUGGCUCACAAGUGAGGCUUUACUCAGGUACCUUCACAUCCGUUGUUUGUGUCCAGAGUUCUCAGACUGCAGGGGUGUAUGUCUCUGUUGGCAUCACAAUGAAUGAUAAACCAGCCCACAUUCAGAAUAUUUUAACUGGAAAGUCUACUUAGUGGGUAUAGAUAAGUCUCUCAUGGCUCACCGCUGGCAUGGCUUACAGGCUAGGCUUCACUCAGGACCCUUACAGCCACAGUGUUUGUGUCCAGAGUUCGCAGACUUAUGGGGUGUAUGUCUGUCUAUGCAUACCCCUGUAUUACUCACUGGCAAGUCUUCACUCAGGGCACUUACACCCAUAUGUCUCCAAGCAGACUUGGAUGUAGAUUUCCAUUGGCAUCCAGUGACACAGCUCACAGGGAGGCUUCACUAAGUAUCCUUGCUUGUACAGGCCUCUAGCGGCCUCUUAUGGCAAGGCCAACAAGGAAUGCUUCAAUUAGGAUCCUUACUCUCACACAGCAGUCGUCUUCCACCAGAGCUCUCUAACUAAUUGGGUGAAGUCGAAGUAGGUUGGCAUAUAGCAGUUUAACUGUCAGUCUGUUUGUCUGUCCGAAAACUUUAACAUUGGCCAUAACUUUUGCAAUAUUGAAGAUAGCAACUUGAUACUUGGCAUGCAUGUGUAUCUCAUGAAGCUGCACAUUUUGAGUGGUGAAUGGUCAAGGAAAUUUUAUUUCAAAGCGGCGCAAUAGGGGGCAUUGUGUUUCUGACGAAAGGUCAAGGUCAUCCUUCAAAAUAAAAAGUUAAAAAAUACAAUCCAAGGGAAGUUAUAAGCUUUAAAAGGAAGGUAAUUUCUAAACCUGCCAAAUGAUAUAUUGAAAUUUUAUUUCAAAGCGGGGCAAUAUGGGGCAUUGUGUAUUUGACAAACACAUCUCUUGCUUUUAUAAUCUUUUUAAACAUUAUUGAACACAAAAUAGCUUGUCAACAUUGACUUUAAUUCAAAUAGCAUAAAUGAUACGCUAGCAUGUGUCCUGUAUUUGCAUUUGGUUUUCCUUGUGACCAUUUUGCUAAAGUUUAACAAGGCAACAAUAAUUUACUUAGAUAGGCACGCUUCAGGUGUUUUUAACCAACUCAAGCAAGAACAUAUAUUUAUUUUAAUAGUAUUUUAAUGUAUUCAUGCAUAACGGUCAUUUCCCAGUUAAUAUUGGCAAUACAAGCAAUAGCAAUUUGUGUUAAUUGUGGGCAUUCUUAUAUGUUUACUUCCAGCAUUAAUUCUUUGAUAAGGCUAACCUUCCUGACCAAUUAUGGUCUUGUUAUGAAGUGGUUUUACUACAAAGGUACUGGCUAGGCAUUAAUGGAGCAAUUGUAUACAUACAUGCUCAAUUACAGAACAUAAUAGCCAGUUUCUAAAUAUAUCUGUGUCUUUUGUAAUAGCUUUGACAAAAAUACUUCCAAUCCAUGUAAACAUAUUUAUCAGACAGCAUUAUUUAUAUGUGUGUGUAUAUUAGUUUUGGAUGUCUACAUUUAACCAUGUUUGAUCCUCAAUUUGUCUUUUUAAGUUUUGUUUCUUAUUUUAAUGUAGUGGAAACCACCACUUUAUAACUUAUUAGUUUUUAUAUUUUAUCUGUUUAAUGAAUGUUGUAUUUUUAACUCACCUGAGCACAACGUGCUCAUGGUGAGCUAUUGUGAUCGCCUUUUGUCUGUCAUGCGUCGUCAACAUUUACCUUGUUAACACUCUAGAGGCCACAUUUAUUGUCCAAUCUUCAUGAAACUUACUCAGAACAUGUGUCCCAAUAAUAUCUUGGACGAGUUCGCAAAAUGGUUCGGGUUGAUUGAAAAACAUGGCCGCCAGGGGGCGUGACAGUUUGCUAUAGUAAAACCUUGUUAACACUCUAAAAGUCACAUUUAUUGUCCAAUCUUCAUGAAUCUUUGUUAGAACAUGUGUCCCAAUAAUAAUUUGGACGAGUACGAAAAUGGUUCCGGUUGGUUAAAAAACAUGGCCGCCAGGUGGUGUGGCAGUUUUCCUUAUAUGGCUAUAGUCAAACCUUGUUAACACUCUAGAAGUCACAUUUUUAGUCUAAUCUUCAUGAAACUUGGUCAAAACAUGUGUCCCAAUAAUAUGUUGGACGAGUUUGAAAAUGGUUCCAGUUGAAUGAAAAACAUGGCCGCCAUGGGGCGGGGCAGUUUUCCUUAUAUGGCUUUAAUGUAUGGUAAAACCUUGUUAACACUCUAGAAGUCACAUUUGUGGUUCAAUGCUCAUGAAACUUGGUCAGAAUAUUUGAACUAAUAAUAUCUGGGUUAAGUUAAAAAAUGGUUGAGAUCAGUUUAAAAAUAUGGUUGCAAGGGGGUGUGGAAUUUUUCCUUAAAUGGCUAUUUACUACAAAACCUUGUUAACACUCUAAAAGUCACAUUUAUUAUCCAAUCUUUAUGAAACUUGAUCUGAACAUUUGUUCUAUCAAUAGCUUGAGUGAGUUUGAAAAUGGUUAUGGUUUGUUGAAAAACAUGGCCGCCAGAGGGGGGGGGGGGCGUUGUCCUUAUAUGGCUUUAGUGAAAACUUGUUGACACUAUAUUAGCCACAUUUAUUGGCCAAUCUUCAUGAAACUUGGUCAGAACAUUUGUCCCAAUGAAAUUUUGCCAGAGAUUGAAGCUGGGUCAUAUGAGCUAAAAAACUAAGUCACAAGGUCAAAUAUAAAAAAACACAUGUUAAAAGUCACUUUUUUGGUCCAAAAUAAUCUUCAUGAAUCAGCUUGCAUUUUUUUCAGAAUAGUCUAGUUCCUUUGGCUAUCAGGUGAGCGCGUUAGGGCCUGAUGGCCAUCUUGUUUUAUAUGCCAGUUUAGCUAUAUACAUAUAAUAAAUAAUCUAGUCUUAAGUGUACACAAUGUACAUCUUUUACUAUUAUAAAAUAUAUAAUUAUUGCUUUAUAUUGUAAAUUUUGUGACAUGAACAUUGUUUGUUAAUAUUUAUAUAGGUAAUUAUUUCUUUCGUCCAAUAUCAAUUGGCACAAACCACUUUCAUUAUGUUUGUUGGAGUAGACAUUCCAAUAGUUUUGUAUCAAUAUGUUUUGUUUAUAAUUUCUUAAAGAUGCUGUAUCACAUAUUGGAAAAAAAGAUAUACAUCAAUUAAAGCAUAAUUAUGCCCCCCUUCGAAGAAGAGGGGGUAUAUUGCUUUGCUCAUGUCGGUCGGUCGGUAGGUCGGUCGGUCCGUCCGUCCACCAGGUGGUUGUCAUACGAUAACUCAAGAACGCUUGGGCCUAGGAUCAUGAAACUUCAUAGGUACAUUGAUCAUGACUUGCAGAUGACCCCUAUUGAUUUUGAGGUCACUAGGUCAAAGGUCAAGGUCACGGUGACCCGAAACAGUAAAAUGGUUUCCGGAUGAUAACUCAAGAACGCAUACGCCUAGGAUCAUUAAACUUCAUUGGUAGAUUGAUCAUGACUCGCAGAUGACCCCUAUUGAUUUCUAGGUCAAAGGUCAAGGUCACGGUGACCCGAAAUAGUAAAAUGAUUUCCUGAUGAUAACUCAAGAACACACACGCCUAGGAUCAUGAAACUUCAUGGGUAGAUUGAUCAUGACUCGCAGAUGACCCCUAUUGAUUUUGAGGUCACUAGGUCAAAGGUCAAGGUCUCGGUGACCCGAAAUAGCAAAAUGAUUUUCGGAUGAUAAUUCAAGAACGCAUAUGCCUAGGAUCAUGAAACUUUAUAGGUAGAUUGAUCAUGACUCGCAGAUGACCCCUAUUGAUUUUCAGGUCACUAGGUCAAAGGUCAAGGUCAUGGUGACCCGAAAUAGUAAAAUGAUUUUCGGAUGAUAACUCAAGAAGGCAUAUGCCUAGGAUCAUGAAACUUGAUAGGUACAUUGAUCAUGACUUGCAGAUGACCCCUAUUGAUUUUGAGGUCACAAGGUCAAAGGUCAAGGUCACGGUGACCCGAAAUAGUAAAAUGAUUUUCGGAUGAUAACUCAAGAACGCUUUUGCCUAGGAUCAUGACACUUCAUAGGUACAUUGAUCGUGACUUGCAGAUGACCCCUAUUGAUUUUCAGGUCACGAGGUCAAAGGUCGAGGGCACAGUGACAAAAGUCGUAUUCACACAAUGGCUGCCAGUGCAACGGACAGCCCAUAUGGGGGGCAUGCAUGUUUUACAAACAGCCCUUGUUAAAUAUAACUUUUUAAUAGCAUUAAUGGCAAAUUAACACAAGGUCCAAACUAACGUACUAAAUCAUUACAGCAUGGCAUGUCAACAGUUUCAGCUAUGUAUGACUAUUAUGCAGUUAUGAAACUGCCACUCUUGUGAAACUAGCCGAAGAAUGAGAAGAUUACAGACUAGGAUGGGCAUUGACAAUCAAAUGACUUGUUGUUGACUUUAGAAUACUCACCUCUAACCAAAGGGACCCAGAUUCUAUUCCCGCAUGUGCUCGUAUUGGUUCAUGUCAAUGAUGUUCAGAAUUUCUUAUGCACAAUAUUUUGAGUUUAUAUAAAUCUUAAUAAUUGUAAAAUUAAAUCAAAUAUAAAAGUAUUUUUUAAUUUAAUGUUUUCAUUAUCAUGUUUUAUAUUACUAUAAACAGCUCCAAAUUGUAAUAGUCUAAUAACAUGCCUUAAAACCUUGUGUAUUUUUAGAAGUGAAACCUUGUUUAUACUUUAGUUUUUACAUUUUUGCUCCAUUACCAAAACAUUUAUGAGAACAUUUGCUAAAAUGAUUUAAAGAUUUUGUAAAUGGUUCUUGGCAAUUGAGAUACAUGGCUGCAAAUGAGGAGAGGGGGCGGGGGCAGUUUUAUUUAAAGGGCAAUAGUGAGUCUAUGUUUUAUUCUGUAAUUAUGCUGCUAAAUUUGACACAAGUAACCUCAGACCACUGAAAUCCUCACUUUAAUGCCACCAUACUAUUAUGAAAUAAGUUUAUGGCCAAAAAUAAUAUCUACCACUUAUGUUAUACCUCAUUGUUUGGCUGAAAAUAUGGCAAAGUAUUGUGUUGUUUUUAAAGUCACAUUAACACCAUUCUUGCGUCCUUAACGUCAAUACUCAAUGGUUUUUAAUAUACUCGUAAAGGGACUUGUUGACAGGUUGCAGGAAUGACUAUUUUCAAAAUGUGAUUGAUUCAUAAAUGAAAAGACCAGUCCAUAAAAGGGAAAAAAAGUAACAUCACAGACAUGAACGAAAUACCAGUAUAAAUUAAAGUAAUAGUCAUGAAAAUGAUUAAGCUUUUAAGUGGUUCUGUUUUUUGUUGUUCCUUUAUUGAUUAAAUAUGUGUAUUGGUAAACAUUUCAAUUGAUUAAAUAACUAAUUUAGCAAGAUGCAAAAUAAUAUAAGGGAUGGCCAGAGGCUUAUGGGAUUAGUUUACUCCAGACGACACCCGUUGACUUACUCCCGACGACACCCGUUGACUUACUCCCGACGACACCCGUUGACUUACUCCCGACGACACCCAUUGGAAUCCGUUUGGGGCCUACAUUAAAUAAAAAUAUUUUAAGUUACAAAUAUUUUCUUGUUAAUAUAUUAACAUGAGGUCAUUUAUUCUGUUAGAUCUAACACGCAUUUUAAACAUGAAUAACUCGAAGCAAAAAUCUGCCAACAAGUCUCUUUAAAUUUGGAUCGUGCGGUCUUAUAUGAUGUGUAAUUGAUGUUGUAUUGUUGUUUUUUAUCAUGUAUUUGAGUUCUGCAUAAACAUGUAUUUUAAGAUAAUAUAUUUUGUUAUUGAUUAGUGUUACUGACAUUUUCUAAAUUUGGUAAUAAAAUGAGUAAACACAAA